GUCACUGAAAAGCUGAAAAUUUUCCCAUUCAUAAAAUUAAAAUCAACCCAAAGUAAACCAGCUCUAAUUUUUUUAACUGAUUUUACUCAAAGACAUUUAAAAGUUUCGAAUUUCACGAAAUACGAAGUAGAAAGAUUCGCGCCGUAUAUUACAGUAAAUAAUUUAUUUUUACGGUUGUUUAUCUGGAUUCAUUUCGCAGAUCGGGUGCUAGUCUGCUACAAACAAGAAUGCCUAGUUCGGAGACCAAAGCGAUAUCAGCAGGCCCGAGUGGUGAUACCGCCCAGACCAGCACCACCACCGAAGAGAAGAAGCCAGCAUGUAAAGCAUGCUGUGCGUGCCCCGAAACCAAGAAGGUUCGCGAUGCGUGCAUCGUGGAGAACGGCGAGGAGAACUGUCAGCACCUGAUUGAAGCCCACAAAGAAUCUCUACCGCGUGAUUUGUCGCCCGAAGAUUUCCUUCAGUUGGCCAAACACGAUUCCCGACCCGUAACCGCCUUCAAGCGCACCCAGUUGGAGAAUGAUUCACGGAAAAACUGGGAUAAAUUCUACAAACGGAAUGGUGAUAAAUUUUUCAAGAACCGUCAUUGGACCACGCGUGAGUUCGAAGAGUUGGCCAAUCUGAGCCAGACUGGUGUUCGUGUCUUGGAGGUGGGCUGCGGUGUCGGGGAUCUCGUGUUGCCGCUGAUUGAAGCGAAUCCUUCGGUGUUUGCGUAUGCGUGUGAUUUCUCUGCGAAUGCUAUUGAUGUAUUACGUAAAAAUGACAAUUAUCAGCUAGGACGCAUCCAUGCGUUCGUAGCGGACAUUGUUCAAGAUGAUCUCAGGGCGGAAAUCCCCGAACCGGUUGAUAUUGUUACAAUGGUUUUUGUUCUGUCGGCCAUAAAUCCACAGAAGAUGGCGCAAGCUCUCAGUAUAGUUCGAAGGGUCCUACGAUCCGGCGGUGUCAUUUUAUUCCGUGAUUACGGGAUUUAUGAUCACGCUAUGAUUCGUUUUGCUCCUGGCCAGAAACUGAACGACCGGUUUUAUUUUCGUCACGACGGAACAUACAGCUAUUUCUUUUCCCUCGAAGAAACGCGAAGGUUAUUUGAAGAAGCUGGAUUUGAAGCCAUAUCAUGCGAUUACGUAUUCCGCGAGACCUCAAAUAAGAAAGAAGACAUCUGCGUACCUAGGAUUUUUGUCCAGGGAAAAUUUAGGCUAAAUAAAAAUUCAUAAAAAACCUCGAAAGCUUUCUGUACCAGCAUAAAAACUGCAGUUUUAAUACUAAGUUUUUUCCCCUCGUGAACUGAUUCUGGAUAUAGUGUUUUCUUUGCAUACAUGGAACGGGAAGAUGAUAAAGCUAUGUA